AUGGGGUGCUGGAAACAACGUGGCGACACCCAAUGUGUCGGCGACUCACUUCCUUUUCAGGUUGGCAGCUGCCAAUGCAUCUCUGGCUACUGCAACUCCGAUGGUAAGUGUUCAGUGACCAUGGGCUUCAAGGGGCAAGCAUCUAGUGGGUACACGGCCUUCGGACGCUUGUUUGAAGAGAAGGACGCACCUAUUCUGCCAGAGGAUCACUCUUUUGCCAUUGCGGCUUAUGUCAUCACCUCUUUCAGCAUGGUGACCUUGAUCACCUUCUUGGUCAUGAGGAUUCGACGUCAAGGCGUGUCCCACCUGGCGCCGGAAGAUGCAGGAGACCCAGCACCUUUCAACAGAAUAGCACAAUCUGACUUCCUAAUGGAGGAGGUCGAGGGGCAGAUGGAAUGA